AGAAUGUUUACCUGGAUGUUGAUAUUUGAAAUUAUUUUGUUGUACGUCGUGUCGGGACCAAGUCACGCGCUCACCGGCGGCACCUCGCACAACAUCACCACCUGCGAGGAAUUCGAACGCGGAGCUCGGUUCGAUCCAUACGCGAUUAUCGAUUCAAUGUGGAAAAUAUUCUACUUUUGGGCAAACACAACGGAGAUCAAUCCAAUUGUGUUUUCGUUGCCCGCAAAAAAGAGGUUAGCAAAGUUUAAGGAAGUAAUAGAAGCAAUCGAGCCACAUCUUGAGGUGGAAUGGCAAAAAGCGACGAUGUUCAUGACCCCUAGACCGGGCGUUGAGGUUCUCCUGCUGCAUGCGACAACACCAGGAGCAUUUCGAGCACUCGUCAAGCAAGAACAGCGUCAUAAAGCAAGACCACAACCAGUGCCAUUAGUAAAAUUCGCCGAUAUACGAAUAAAGUUAGUAAAUCAGUUUAUGGGAAUGAUGUGUUGUGAAGACCUAACUGCGUACGCUCUGGCAAGAACCGAUAGCAUUCCAACCACAGAAAAAAGUUGCAAAGAAGCUGCUGACAAAAUCGGGUACAAAGGGCCAGAUGGAAGAUCUUAUCUUUUUUUGCAGAAAAGGCAAAUUGACGAUGAAUUUUAAAUUUAUAAGAAACAAUUUUAGUCCGAAAACCAUAGCGACUUGAAAAAAAAAAUGUUUACAAAACAACAAGCCUCCAGCGACUUUACAACGUUUUACAAGUAAAUCAUUAAAUAACGUAACUCUGAUUUCUUUCUAAAAUGGAAAAUUUCGACAACAAAAUUUCAAAACAAACAAAAUUCUUAAAACGAUGUUAAUCUAUCUGGCCUUUUGAUUAUCUUUAUUGAAAUAAACAAUGACCAAUCAUCUGUAAUGCUGUUCACUGAAAAGGUUGGACUUACUAGUACC